AUGGCUGACAACGCCGCCGCCUCGACCGCUUCGACUCUCCCUCCUGCGCCUCAAGCGUCGACUGCUGCAUCGGGUCAACAGUAUGAUGCCUCCCAGGGCAAUGGCCAGGCGAAUCCAUCCCAUAUGCCUCCCCCACCUCGGCCUCCUGUGGUGAUCCCCCAGAAUACCAACCCGAUCCCCACUGCCAUCACCUCCCCUAUGUCGGGCAACAUGAUGUCUCCCUCCAGCGCCGGUGGAUACGUGCGUCGCGCGGCCCCCGAACCGAACAAAAGAGCGCUCUACGUUGGUGGUCUCGACCCGAGAGUGACCGAGGACAUUCUGAAACAAAUCUUCGAAACUACUGGUCACGUUGUCAGCGUGAAGAUCAUUCCAGACAAGAACAAGUUCAAUAGCAAAGGAUAUAACUAUGGCUUCGUUGAGUUCGAUGACCCUGGUGCCGCUGAAAGAGCCAUGCAGACUCUCAACGGCCGCCGAAUCCACCAGUCGGAAAUUCGAGUCAACUGGGCGUAUCAAUCGAACAAUACCAACAAGGAGGAUACUUCGAACCAUUUCCACAUCUUCGUCGGUGAUUUGAGCAACGAAGUAAACGAUGAGAUUUUGCUCCAGGCAUUCUCAGCCUUCGGCUCGGUAUCGGAGGCUCGUGUCAUGUGGGACAUGAAGACAGGUCGCUCUCGCGGAUAUGGAUUUGUUGCCUUCCGCGAGCGUUCGGACGCCGAGAAAGCAUUGAGCUCGAUGGAUGGCGAAUGGCUUGGAUCUCGUGCAAUUCGUUGCAACUGGGCCAACCAGAAGGGACAGCCUUCGAUCUCCCAGCAGCAGGCAAUGGCGGCUAUGGGCAUGACGCCUACGACGCCGUUCGGCCACCACCAUUUCCCUACCCAUGGCAUGCAGAGUUACGACAUGGUCGUCCAGCAAACUCCACAGUGGCAGACCACGUGCUAUGUGGGUAACUUGACCCCUUACACCUCGCAGAAUGAUCUUGUUCCACUCUUCCAGAACUUUGGCUUUGUCCUUGAGACCCGUCUCCAGGCCGACCGUGGGUUCGCCUUCAUCAAGAUGGACUCGCACGAGAAUGCAGCCAUGGCCAUUUGCCAACUCAAUGGAUACAACGUUAACGGACGCCCCUUGAAGUGCAGUUGGGGCAAGGACCGGCCUCCUACCGGCCAGUUCGACAAUUUCCCCGGCCAGCAGGGUAACUCCCCUUUCAACUCCAGCCCUACCCCGUUCUUCCCCCAGUACAGCGGCCCCGGGGGCCCCAUGACUCCUCAAGGACCUAAUCCGGCUGGACGCGGCUGGGAUCAGAGCGGAAUGGCCGGCCAGGCCUACGGCCAGGUCCCUGGCAAUGCUGGCUAUGGGCGAGGGCAAGCUACCCCUGCCUCUGGCUGGAACCAGGCAAACAACGCCAAUUUCGGGAAUGGCUUCGGAGGUUACCAAGCGUAG